CCGUUCCAACUGCACACAAGAUCCCUCUUCUUUUUUUUAGUUUUAUUCAAGAAAAACCCAAUUAUCACACCUCUCAUUUCGAGGUAAAAUCCUGCUCUGUCGUUCUCGUUUUCUUCUUCUCAAAUUUCCCAUUUAAUCCUUUUGUUUUAUUGCGGACGUGGAUGCGACAGGGUGCGUGAUUGUAUAAUAUAGUUCAAGAAUGAAUCCUGGGUGGAAGAAAGAUUGAAUCUUUGUAUUGAUUUCAGAUCUGGGCCUUGGGUAAAGUAGGCAGCGGGAGUCUUGAUUGAUGGAAAUGGAAGAUAAUGACGAGAGAAAAGGCUCUCCAUCAGCUGGGGAAGGCGAGGGAUUUGCUCCUGUCGAUGCAACAGAAGCUGAGACAGCUGCCGAUUCAGUUGAUCAGAUAGAUUCCGUCACCCGAAGCGAGGGAUCUGCAUUGGAUUCUUUUCAAAGUUUACCAAGAGACACAAUGGUAGCAGAUGAUGUGGUAAAGGAGGAUACAUUUGUUGAUUGUCCGGAUGAAAUAGAAGUUUCCGAAUCCCAACAAAAUUCUGAGGAGAAGGAUAAUUCACAAGAUAAUUUACAAGAUGAUCAAGCUGAUGAAUCAGAUAGUGGAAUCAAAGUCCCUGAAAUGAUAGAUGAGAUAGAACAGUUGCGGGAUAAACUUGAGAAGAGUGUUUCUGAGAAAGAGAAAUUGGCACAAGACUAUGAGGGAGAAAGAGCAGUGCUUAUGCAAGAACUUUCCCAACUCCUUCACCAGUUGAAGGUUUCGCAUGAGCAACGCCUUGCAGCAGAUGACAGAGCUCAUGAAUUCAUUAAUCAUCAUCAGAAUGAAUUCGUGACUCUGGAUGCAACAACUGUGGGAUCUGGUGCCUCUUUGCAUGAGAUUAUAAGUGAUUGCUCUAGGUUGCUUGAAAUCACUACCAAUGAGCGUCAGCAGACCGAGGAGAAACUGAGAGUGCAGCUUGAGACUGAUCGGCAUAUUGAGGAAACUGCAAACAGGAUUCUAUCAUCCCUUCCCAUGGUGGAUCAUCACGAUCAACUGUGGGACAGGUCGCUCAUAGAAAAGGUAUAUAGUAUCGAGAAAUCUGUCGCAUUUGUGGUUGAAAAGUAUAGCAUUCUUGUUUCUGGAAGUGACCAGCUUAAGGGAUGUUUAAAUGAGGUAGGAUUAGAUUUCAACAACAUUGAUGAAAUCGGAACUUUUUCCUUGGCCCAUGAUAAGAUUCUCGAACUCAGAAGAAAUGAAGAGGAUAUGCACCAAAAACUUAGCAAUUUAGAAAAUGAAAAUAGGAAUUUGGGGGAACUGUUAGAGAAACAAAACUCAGCUCUUGAAAAUGUGAAUGCAGAAAUUCAAAGACUUAGUGCAGAAGUUGAACAAGAAAAGAACAGGUAUGCAAACUCAAAAGAGAAGCUUAGCAUGGCCGUGACAAAAGGAAAGGCAUUGGUACAACAGAGAGAUUCGCUAAGGCAGUUGUUGCAAGAGAAAACUAGUGAGUUUGAUAGAUGCACAAUUGAACUCCAAGAGAAGUCAACUGCCUUAGAGGCUGCAGAAAUGGCAAAGGAAAUGGUUGCAUCUAGUGAAAAAUUUGCUGCUUCGCUGCAAGAGUCUCUUGCAGAGAAGGAAAUGAUUCUUCAGAAAUGUGGAGAAAUAUUAUCCGAGAGUUUGGAAACUAAGGAACUUCAGCCAACGGAUAUCGCUGAAACGAUCAGAUGGCUUGCAGAUGAAAACAGAUCACUCAAGGAUAUAUCUGUACAAUAUCAUAAACUGACUGAUGCAUUAUCGUCCUUUGAUUUUCCUGAAGUAGUGGCUUCAAGUGAAUUAGAUGUGCGUGUCCAUUACCUUGCAGAAUCAUCUUUUGUGUUUAAAGAAGAAGCUACGAAGUUGCAACAGGAGCUAACUAAAGCAAUAGAGGCUGCAAACAGGGAGAUAGAGCAUCUUACCACAUCACUUUUAGCUGAAAUACAAGAGAAAACUGAUCUUCAAACAGAAGUGGAGGCCUUAAGAAGUAAUCAUGAAGCUUAUGAAAGGUCACAAAAUGAGAUAACUGAAACUAAGCAGUCUGUAAACAAUGAGAUUGAUCGCCUAACAUCGUCUCUUUUAGUGGAAUCACAGGAGAAGGGCCAUCUUCAGGAGGAACUGGAGAACCUGAGACAGAAAUACGAAGGAUUAGUGGAAAAGGAAUAUCAGGUUUCACUGGAGAAAGUUAAGAUAGUAGGCAUAUUGCUGGAUGCAUCUGGACUUGCGGAUGAUGAUCACAGAGAGGCUCGUCCAGAGAACACUGAUACGAGCACCAUUAUUGAUUAUUGUGUUGCAAAGAUUAGGGAAAAUGCAUCUGCUGCCGAACCUUCACUAGCAAAAGCAGAGUUAUUUGAAAGCUUCACAAGUCUUCUGUAUGUCAGAGAUCUGGAAAUGACUCUAUAUAAGCAAAUAAUAGAGGAAGGUACAUCAGAAAGGGAACAGGUCUGUCAAUUGUCGGAGGAGUUGAAAUUGAAAACUCUAGAACUUAAUUCACUCAAGGAUGAGAAAGCCGCCAUGCAGAAAAGCCUUGAUCAGAUAGAGGAUAGAUGUGCUUUAGUGAAGGAGAAGUUAUCUAUGGCGGUCAAAAAAGGCAAGGGGCUCGUUCAAGAACGGGAAAACCUGAAAGGUUCUAUAAAUGAAAAGAAUGCUGAAAUUGAUAAUUUGAAGUCUGAACUGCAGCAAUAUGUGGCCAAAUGUGCUGAAUUCCAAGAUCAGAUCUCGAAGUUGUUAGUUGAUGUAGAACGUAUAUCUCUAUUGGAGAGAGACCUAGCCUCUACCACGGAACAAAAAGAUCAACUUGAGCAGUUCUUAACAGAGAGCAACACUAUGCUACAAAGAGUCACACAGUCCAUUGAAGGCAUUAGUACUCCGACUGAUCUCUUCUUCAAUGAGCCCGCAGAGAAGUUAAGAUGGCUCGCUGGAUAUCUCAGUGAUAGUGAAAUUUCAAAGACACAAAUUGAACAAGAACUGAGGAGUGUAAACGACGAAGCCAGUUCAUUGGCCAGCAAAUUGUCCGAAGCCCAGGCAGUGAUAAAAUCACUUGAAGAUGCCUUAUCGGUUGUAGAAAAAAGCAGGUCUGAUCUCUUGGAUGAGAAGAAAGAACUUGAGGUUUCCAAGGCUCUCUUGGAGGAAGAGCUGCAGAAGGAAAAAGAGAAAGCUUCUUCAUAUACAAGCAAGUAUGACGAGCUUCUUGUGAGUUCAAAAGCACUUGAAGAUGCUCUGUCAAUAACAGAGGACAAUGUUUCCAGGUUAACGAACGAGAGAGAUGUAGCGGUAGAAGGCAAAUCUCUUGCUGAAGAGCAACUAAAUAAAUUAAAGGAGAUGCUUUCUGUCAAUGUUAAAAAACUGGACGACGCCGACAAAAUUAUCCAGUCCCUUGAAGAUGAAUUGUCUCAGGCACAGAAGAAUGCGUCGCUACUUGUUGAAGAAAACAGUAAAGUUCAAACUGGCCAAGCUGAUUUGGAUGGUGAGAUAAAGAGAAUUAGAGAAGAAGCUGACUUGCUUGCUACUAAGCUUGCUGAAUCCUCCGUAACAAUCCAAUCGCUUGAGGGAGAAUUACUAAAUUCACAGAAUAACAUGGCAGAUCUGGUUCGGGAAAAAGAAAAUGCUGAGAAAGAGAUAAAUUCACUUACCUCUAAACUGGAAUCUUGUAUGGAAGAGUUAUCUGGCAACCAAAGUAGCAUACAGAGUCGGAGUUUAGAGCUCUCUGGUCAGUUUGACAGACUUCAGUUACUUCUAAAAGAUGAUACGCUUUCAACCUUGCUUGGGCAAUGUUUCCAGAGAAAAUUUGAGAGCCUAAAGAGCUUAGAUUUUCUAAUUAAAGAGAUCUGGAACUGUUCCCUGGAGAUGGACUCUGAUAUGCCGCAAAACAGUCCUAUCGUGAAGGAUGAUUCGCUCCUUUCAACUACUUUCCCGUCUAACACUGAUAUUGCUCCAAACUUGGAAUUGUUGAAUGAUGAGGGAAAUGCAGUCGAUGGUGAGAGCAUGUUUGACAUUGAGAACAUGAUGAAAAGAUAUCACGUGAGAAGCAAAAUUCUGGCUGAUAAUUUCAAUAAGUUGUCCGCACUUUUUGAUGAAUCUAUGGAUGCUAUGUUGAGAGGGUUAAACUUAAGGAAGGACGAAAUAGUCAAUGCCAUGAAAUAUACAUCCUCUCUCAAAGAUCAAGUCAAGGAAAUUGAAACAGAUAAGAAGAGACAGGAGGAUACUAUAGUGUCACUGGAACGUGAUAUCAGAAGUUUGGUGUCUGCUUGUACUGAUGCCACUCAUGGAUUGGAGUUGAAUAAUAAGGAAGUUGUGUCCAAGCUGAUAUCUAUUGAUGAAUUGGUAAACCUAGAUGGCAGAAUUCCCAUGGAUUCGGAAGCAGAUAUUGAUGAUGAAGAGAUAACACUUGCUACUGACCAUGUAAAGACGGCUCAGAAGCUAAUACUUGCUGCGAGACGGAAUCAAGAUCUUGGUAUGGUGUUUCAGGAUGCUAUAAGUAAGUUGAUGGAUAUGACAGGGAAUAUGCAGAACAAACUGAAACAGGCUCAGAAGACUUCCGAUGAAAUCUUGGAAGAGAGAGAUCUAUACAAAGAUAAAAUCUUGAAAUUGGAGACUGAUCUGAAAGUACAGCAAAGCUUGCAUACUGAGAUGACUAUCAAACUAGAAGAUAUGCAGAGCAUGCUGAGAGAAACUCAAGUAACUUGUGACGAAGCCUUGAAAGAAAGAGAUCUAUACAAAGAAAAAAUCUUGAAAUCGGAAACUGAUAUGAAAGCACAGCAAGAUGAAAUUAAUGAAAUGGCAAUCAAGCUAGAAGAUCAGAGGAAAAGAGAAGCAGAAUUGUCUUCUUCAUUAUCCAAAUUUCGUGAUAGAGAAGCAGAAUUGUCUUCUUCCUUAUCCAAAUUCCACGAACUGGAGGAGACUUUAUCGGCAUCUCAAGUUAAAUCCGUUCUUGAUAAAAUAAAACUGAUCAAUGUACCUGAUGGUGCAUUUGUGUUCGGAGAUUCAGAUAAGUCAGCCAGUGUAAGAAAGCUGUUCUAUGUGAUAGAUAGUUUUAGUGACUAUAUGGAGAAGGUAAGCUCGCUAUCUCAUCAGAAUGGAGAGCUUCACUCAACCAUUGAUAAGCAGAUACUCGACAUUGAACAGCUGAAGAGGCAAGUCGAAGAGCAUGCAUCCAAUGAGAAAAAUUCCGAUAAGCUGAACAAGUUGUUAGAGCUGGAAUCAGGUUUACAGCUUAUUGCAAAGAAGCUGGGUGCCGGUGAUGUGAUGGAUGAUUCCAAAGUAAAUGGGGAAUUAUGGCUCCUUCCCUUGCUCGAAAAACUAGUUGUAGCCGUGAUGCACGAAUCUGAAACUUUGAAGCUAAAAAAUGAAGAUCUUAGUGCUAAACUGCUCGGGGCCCAAAAGGCUGUGGAUGAUUUGUCGAACAAGGUUAAAUUACUAGAAGAGACUAGUAAAUCGAGAGCCAUUCUACCAGAGAUAGACCGGGAAAGAGGAAAAUCCAUAGCUUCCUUGUCUACUCAGACGGAGAUAGCAGAAAUGCAAGAUGUGGAAGGACUUGGCAACAGCAACAACAGUCCUGUUUCAUCUGCUGCCCAUGUGCGCCCAUUGAGGAAGGGUUCUGGCGAUCACCUUGCUAUCAAUAUCGAAUCUGAGUCCGAACGGUUGAUUAAUGAUAAGGGACGCGAGGAAGAUAAAGGUCAUGCAUUCAAGCCGUUGGUUACUUCUGGUAUGAUUCCUAGACAUGGGAGAACAGUUGCAGAUCGCAUUGAUGGAUUCUGGGUGAACGGGAGUCGAGCUUUGAUGAGUCAUCCGAGAGGAAGGUUAGGAGUCAUUGCGUACUGGCUCGUCUUACAUAUUUGGUUAUUCGGCACAUUAUUGUGACAAGCAAGGAAGCAAAGCAUACAGCAGUGAUUGUAGGAUAGAUUAUAAGCUGUUGUUUAUGUUAGACACUUUCCUAUAUGUAAAUGUAAAUGUUCCAUCACUCACUCUCCCAAUUUGUUUCUCUGCAAUCGAAUAUUAGGGAUUCAGAGAUUUUAGCCCAGAAAUUGUUCUUGCUUCAGUCAGGGAAUAAAUUUGGUGUUUCAGAAUGAAUGAAGCAUACGUAAUUAUUGA